AGUGGAUCCUGCUGGGCCUCUGCCUCAUCCUGACGCUGCGCUCAAUCAGCCUGAUCAUUCAAAUUCUCACACAGCACAACAGAAAGCCUCUGUGGAUGAGAGCUGAAUGGUGGAGCUGGGACUAGACACCAGUACAACUGCUGUUGGCACCGUAAUGGCAGGACACCCAUCAGGAGUGUGCCCCUGCAUAACAUCUUUAGGUGGCACAGGCCGUAGAACAUAGAAGACUUGGAAACUGUAUGAAUGAGAAAGCUCUAAGUCCCUCCUCAGAGCUCAGCAUCCUGCUCUGAGUUCAUGAGAAACAGCCCCACCUUUCCUACACAGUCAGCCUGCACCCCCACACAAGGGGCAGCCAGGACAACUCUGCCUCACUAGGAGGCCACACUUGCAGCCCUCCCAUUCCCCAGCCACAGUGGCCAACACACUGCCCCCAUCAGGCAUUGUGGCUCUGCGUGGCAAAGGCACACCCAGCCUAGGACUCCAAGCCUCUCAUCUGGACUCCAGCGAAAACCUCACUGAGCCUCCUUGUCCAUCCUCUCUCCCCCACCCGCCAUUGUAAAGUUUCUUUCACUGAAAUACUUCCUUUGUGUCUAACUGCUCAAGAACUUGGUUGUCCAUCAAUUAAAUCUAGAUGUUCAAAAUGGCAUCUGAGGGUCUUUAUCAAUUCACCUUUUGUCCAAACUUCACCCCUCCUAUGCCCCAGCUCAGUCCCUUUGCAUUGAUUCCACCAUGGGCCUUUGCCUAAGGUGUAUGCCCCAUUUGAAUGUUUGCCUUCGAAGGCCUGACUCAAAACUGGUCAUUGGAUACUCUGCAAAGUUCCAAGACCACUGAGAUGCUCAAUGAACAGUGAUCCCUUUCUCUCUCUCUCCUCUCCAAGAAACCUCUUUCAAUAAACCUCACCCCAUCCCCAUCUGCUCUUCUAGUGUAUUCAUUUUCAAUCAGUACUCAGACACUUUUAUCAGUGGUCACUUGCUAAUAGGUGGUUUUAAAUCUAUUCUGCUCCCAAGCAGUGCCUGUAUGCUAAGAGCUCUCAGGUCCCUGAAGAAGGUACCUUAUUGUAUUAUUAUUAUUAUUUUUUUUUUUUUUGUACACCUUCAUAUGCACUCCAACCUCAUUAUCCCAGGGCCAGGGCCACGUUAAGCUUGCCACUUAGGAGCUCUGCAUGGACACUGGGAUUGGGCACUUAGCAAGGUCGUGUUAAGAGGGCUAUAAUAGCUCCUUCUGCUCCCCCACUCCCCACUUUCUACCUGAAAGACGGCCCAGCAACGUCCUGACUGCCCUUCGGUAUCGGUAUUGGGAGAGGGUCGGAGCGGGGUUGAGGCCAUUGGCCAGUGGGACAGGAGCAAAAGAAGCUCCUGAGAGGAGCCCUGACCGCAUUCCUGGCUCGGCACUUCUGCCCAGCUCCACCCCCUAGGAGUCAAGGCCCCGCCCCUGCCCCGUCGGGUCCGGGAGAGGUUGCCCCCGCCCCGCGAACUCCGCCCCGCCGCCGCGCUACUUCUUUCAGCACCGCGGCGCGGACAGCUCCGGGGCGGGAGCAGAGGGAGUGAGUUACGGCCGCGGUCGGUCAGGGAGGGCUGUGCAGGGCAGGGGAGGGUAGACGCAGGCGGGCAGGCAGGGCACGGAGCCCCGCGACCCUCCCCGGAGGAGGCACCCACCCGGAACCGGACGCCGCUGAGCCCGAAGACAGACGGAGACGCAGGGAGCCGGGGCACUGGUGGCUCCGGGGAGAGGCCGCGGCCAAAAGAUGCCUGUCCGCAGGGGCCACGUCGCGCCCCAAAACACGUACCUGGACACCAUCAUCCGCAAGUUCGAGGGCCAGAGUCGGAAGUUCCUGAUCGCCAAUGCUCAGAUGGAGAACUGUGCCAUCAUUUACUGCAACGACGGCUUCUGUGAACUCUUUGGCUAUUCCCGAGUGGAGGUGAUGCAGCGACCGUGCACCUGUGACUUCCUCACAGGCCCCAAUACCCCACGCAGUGCCAUGUCCCGUCUAGCGCAGGCCCUACUGGGGACAGAGGAGUGCAAGGUGGACAUCCUCUACUACCGCAAAGAUGCCUCCAGCUUCCGAUGCCUGGUGGACGUGGUACCUGUGAAGAACGAGGAUGGAGCCGUUAUCAUGUUCAUCCUCAACUUCGAGGAUCUGGCCCAGCUCCUGGCCAAGAGCGAGCGCCGCAGCCUGUCCCAGUGCCUGCUGUCCCAGAGCUUCCUUGGCUCCGAGGGCUCUCAUGGCAGGCCAGGUGCACAGGGUCCUGGUACAGGCAGGGUCAAGUACAGGACCAUCAGCCAGAUCCCGCAGUUCACACUCAACUUCGUGGAGUUCAACCUGGAGAAGCACCGCUCGGGCUCCACGACAGAGAUUGAGAUCAUCGCACCACACAAGGUGGUGGAGCGGACCCAGAACGUCACCGAGAAGGUCACCCAGGUUCUGUCCCUGGGUGCGGACGUGCUGCCGGAGUACAAGCUGCAGGCGCCACGCAUCCACCGCGGGACCCUCCUGCACUAUAGCCCCUUCAAGGCCGUGUGGGACUGGCUCAUCCUGCUGCUGGUCAUCUACACAGCCAUCUUCACGCCCUACUCGGCCGCUUUCCUGCUCAGCGACCAGGAUGAAUCUCAACGCAUGGACUGCGGCUACACCUGCAGUCCACUCACUGUGGUGGACCUCAUCGUAGACAUCAUGUUCGUUGUGGACAUUGUCAUCAACUUCCGCACCACCUACGUCAACACCAAUGACGAGGUGGUCAGCCACCCUCGCCGCAUUGCCAUCCACUACUUCAAGGGCUGGUUCCUCAUUGACAUGGUGGCUGCCAUCCCAUUUGACCUUCUCAUCUUCCGCACCGGCUCUGAUGAGACCACAACCCUGAUCGGGCUGCUGAAAACAGCGAGGUUGCUGCGGCUGGUGCGUGUGGCACGGAAGCUGGACCGCUACUCUGAGUAUGGAGCGGCCGUGCUUUUCCUGCUCAUGUGCACCUUCGCACUCAUUGCACACUGGCUCGCCUGCAUCUGGUAUGCCAUCGGCAACGUGGAGCGGCCCUACCUGGAGCCCAAGAUCGGCUGGCUGGACAGCCUGGGCGCCCAGCUUGGCAAGCACUACAACGGCAGCGACCCGGCCUCUGGCCCCUCAGUGCAGGACAAGUAUGUCACGGCCCUGUACUUCACCUUCAGCAGCCUUACCAGCGUGGGCUUCGGCAAUGUCUCCCCCAACACCAACUCUGAGAAGGUCUUCUCUAUCUGCGUCAUGCUCAUCGGCUCCCUCAUGUACGCCAGCAUCUUUGGCAACGUGUCUGCCAUCAUCCAGCGUCUGUACUCCGGCACUGCCCGCUACCACACGCAGAUGCUGCGAGUCAAGGAGUUCAUCCGCUUCCACCAGAUCCCCAACCCGCUGCGGCAGCGCCUGGAAGAGUACUUCCAGCACGCCUGGUCCUACACCAACGGCAUUGACAUGAAUGCGGUGCUGAAGGGCUUCCCUGAGUGCCUGCAGGCCGACAUCUGCCUGCACCUGCACCGCGCGCUGCUGCAGCACUGCCCAGCCUUCCGCGGCGCCAGCAAGGGCUGCCUGCGCGCGCUGGCGGUCAAGUUCAAGACCACGCACGCACCGCCUGGGGACACGCUGGUGCACCUCGGCGAUGUGCUCUCCACGCUCUACUUCAUCUCCCGAGGUUCCAUCGAGAUCUUGCGUGACGACGUGGUCGUGGCCAUCCUAGGAAAGAACGACAUCUUUGGGGAGCCCAUUAGCCUUCAUGCCCGGCCUGGCAAGUCCAGUGCAGAUGUGCGGGCCCUGACCUACUGUGACCUGCACAAGAUCCAGCGGGCAGACCUGCUGGAGGUGCUGGACAUGUACCCUGCGUUUGCAGACAGCUUCUGGAGUAAGCUGGAAGUCACCUUCAACCUGCGGGACGCAGGCGGGGGUCUCCAGUCAUCACCCCAACCAGCUCCAGGCAGCCAGGACCACCAAGGCUUCUUCCUCAGUGACAACCAGUCAGCUGCAGCCCCUUCUCUGAGCAUCUCAGAUGCAUCUGGCCUCUGGCCUGAGUUGCUGCAUCAAAUGCCCCCAAGGCCAAGGGACAGCCCCCCAAACCCUCAGGGAGACCCAGACUGCUGGCCUCGGGAGCUAGGCUCCAGGCUGGAGCAGCUUCAGGCCCAGAUGAACAGGUUGGAGUCCCGCAUGUCCUCAGACCUCAGCCGCAUCCUACAGCUCCUUCAGCAGCCCCUGCCCCAGGGCCACACUGGCUACAUUCUAGGAGCCCCUACCUCCAAUGACUUGGCCUUGUUUCCCGUGGCCUCAACCACUCAGAGUCCGGGAACUAGGCUGCCCCAGGGUGGUCUGCCCCCUGCACAGGUCCCAGGCUGUGGUGACUUGAACAAGUGUAGGCUGAAGCGAAAGAACUCCUCCUCCGGGGUGCCUCCCCUGGUCAUGGCAACAGACAAAAUUCUCACACUGUCCCUGGAACAGGAGCAGCCUGAGGGGCUUCUGUCACCCCUAGCCUCACCUCUGCAUCCCCUGGAGAACUAUACACCGCUUCAUGGACCAGGACCCAAGGUUAGUGAGACCUCCUGCCAAGAGCCUGUAAACUCACUGGAGAUGAAAGUGUCCUCUGUAGUGGACACAUCAGAGCACAGAGUUCCAGCCCCCAGCCGCUCUGCCCCUCAUGGUUCUAUGAUGACCUUUGGGACUCUAGCGGGCAGUGGAAUGUCUCACAGCUAAUAAAGUCUGCACAUUUCA